AUGGCACCAACAACAUGCUUCAACUGCAAAGAAGCACGAGCAGUAGUCAUUCGACCGAAAAACCGGCACAAACUCUGCCGAUCCUGCUUCAUCGAGAUUUUCGAAACAGAAGUCCACGAAACAAUCACAAGCUCCAAACUAUUCUUCCCCGGCGAACGCAUCGCAAUCGGCGCAUCUGGCGGAAAAGACAGCACUGUCCUCGCUGCCGUCCUGAAGACUCUAAACGAACGAUACAACUAUGGUCUUGAGCUAAGCCUACUCUCUAUCGAUGAGGGAAUCCGCGGAUAUCGCGACGAUAGUCUUGAAACUGUGAAGCGCAAUGCGGUACAAUAUGAUAUGCCGUUGACUAUUGUUGGAUAUGGAGAUUUAUACGGCUGGACUAUGGAUCAGGUUGUGGAACAAGUGGGCAAGAAGGGAAAUUGCACUUACUGUGGUGUUUUUCGUCGCCAGGCGCUUGAUCGUGGUGCUGAGAGGUUGGAUAUCAAGCAUGUUGUUACGGGUCAUAACGCGGAUGAUGUCGCUGAGACUGUUAUGAUGAAUUUGCUAAGGGGGGAUCUACCGAGAUUAUCACGGGGAACGAGCAUUAUUACUGAGUCUGGGGCUUCGGAUACAAAGCGCAGUAAGCCUUUGAAGUAUGCGUAUGAGAAGGAGAUUGUUCUCUAUGCGCAUCAUCGACAGCUGGACUAUUUCAGUACUGAGUGCAUUUAUUCUCCUGAGGCGUUUCGAGGUAGUGCGCGCACUUUGAUUAAAGAUUUGGAGAAGAUCAGGCCGAGCUCUAUCUUGGAUAUUGUGAAGAGUGGUGAGGAUAUGGCUGCGCUUGUUCCGGGACAAACGGGUGGUGGGAAGAGUUGCAAGUCGUCUGCUCCUGCCGCUGGGAAUGGGACUGCGGACGAGGAGACUGGUGGAUGUGGAAGUCAGAAUGGUCGAUCGAGUGGUGGUGAGAUGGCUGCUAUGGAGCAACAGUUGGCUUCGAAUGAUGGGGCGGAGGCACGGGAGACAGAGAUCAGAAUGCCUAAGAAGGGCAAGGUUUCUGUGGGGGGGAAGAAGAUUAAGACUCAGACGCUUCAGCACUGUGAACGGUGUGGCUAUAUCUCUAGUCAAACUAUUUGCAAGGCUUGCAAUUUGUUGGAUGGCCUGAAUCGCAAUCGCCCUAAGACGGCUAUUGAGGUUGGGAUGGAGGAUGAGGAAGGUAGUUCGACGUUAAUGAGGCAGAUGGAGCGUGUUCAAUUGACAAACAGUUGA